UGAGAUGGAAAAUAAUUUUUCGAUUUUUACAAUUGUCUGUAUAAAUCAACAAUUGCCUCCUAAACUUAAAUUCAAAUUUGGGGUUGCUCCAGGCAGCUACCAAUUUGACUCGCGAACUUUUCGAUCCCGAUCAUCUUUGGGUUGACCUUCACCAAGCUCUCAAUCACAAGCACCUAACUCACCAUGUCUAAGAUUGGAAUCAAUGGAUUCGGCCGUAUUGGCCGCCUGGUGCUGCGCGCCGCCCUGAACGCUGGCGCCCAGGUCGUUGCCGUCAACGACCCCUUCAUCCCUCUGGACUACAUGGUCUACAUGUUCAAGUACGACUCCACUCACGGUCGUUUCAAGGGAGAGGUCGCCGCUGUUGAUGGACAGCUUGUCAUCAACGGACAGAAGAUUACCGUUUUCCAGGAGCGUGACCCCAAGAACAUCCCCUGGAGCAAGGCUGGUGCUGAGUAUAUUGUUGAGUCCACUGGUGUUUUCACCACCAUCGAAAAGGCCUCUGCUCACUUUGAGGGUGGUGCCAAGAAGGUCAUCAUCUCCGCUCCCAGCGCUGAUGCCCCCAUGUUUGUGGUCGGCGUCAACUUGGAUGCCUAUGACCCCAGCAUGAAGGUUGUCUCCAACGCCUCCUGCACCACCAACUGCCUCGCUCCUAUUGCCAAGGUUAUCAAUGACAACUUCGAGAUCGUUGAGGGUCUGAUGACCACUGUCCACGCCAUCACCGCUACCCAGAAGACCGUCGAUGGACCUUCUGGAAAGCUGUGGCGUGAUGGCCGUGGUGCUGCCCAGAACAUCAUUCCCGCCUCCACCGGCGCCGCCAAGGCUGUUGGAAAAGUCAUCCCCGCUCUGAAUGGAAAGCUUACCGGCAUGGCCUUCCGUGUGCCCACCCACGAUGUGUCUGUUGUUGACUUGACUGUCAGGCUCGGCAAGGAUGCUUCCUAUGAUGACAUCAAGAAAGUUGUCAAGGCCGCUGCUGAUGGCCCCAUGAAGGGAAUUCUCGAGUACACUGAGGAUCAGGUUGUGUCUACCGAUUUCAUCAGCUCCACCUCAUCAUCUAUCUUUGAUGCUGAGGCUGGCAUCCAGCUGAACCCCAAAUUCGUCAAGCUCAUUGCCUGGUACGACAACGAGUAUGGCUACUCCAACCGCGUAGUUGACCUCAUUAAGUUCAUGCAGACCAAGGAUGCAUAAGUCACUCGCCCCUCAUCAUAACAACUAUGAUGUUAAAAGCAAUUUUGUUGGCAAAAUAACAACUACUAUCAUAGCUUCAAGCAUUUAUAGGGUGCGAAAAGAAGAUACCCUCUUAAAAGUAUUGGCGCUAUUUUCAAGUCAACUAUUAUUUUAAAAAAUUAUCAGGAAAGUCCAGUGUUUUGAUGUAGAUGCAAAACAAUAAAGAACCCGUUUGAUUGAGAUUUCUGGUGGAAGUAAA